AUGAUAUGUGGUGAUGAUCCAUAUGACGAUGAUUGUUGGUGGACUGACGAUUCAACUCAAAGCCAACACCAUGAAUCACCUUGUUUUCUGGAGGACCAUGAAUCAGAUGAAUCUUCAUUUAGCAAAAAGUUGGAUCAAAUGUUGGACAUAUUGAAUGAAACCUUCAACAAAGAAGAAGACAAUUCCAAGUCAAUUUCGGUUAUUGAAAAACAAUUAGAACAUAUAGCCAAGAAACUAAAUCAAAAACCUUUAGACAAUCUUUCAAACACUACGCUGGUGAAUGAGGUAACUUUUCGAUGCAGUGAUAAAUUAUUUGAUAACAAAGUGCAUAAACUUACACCACCCGAACUAGAGCUUGUGGUUGAGGAUUAUGUAUAUUUAAAUGAUCUGGAGACUGAGAGUAUUUCUGAAAUCAAUGAAGUUGAAAUUAAAUUGGAUAAGUAUAAUGAAUAUUUUUCAUGA